CGUUGCUAUGCCAGUUUGAUAGUCCUCACAAUACAGUGCUGAGUGGACAACUCCAUCACAACACACCGCCUUGCAAUUGCCAAACCAACCGCAGCGCAGCUCCUCAAAACUCAAGUACUCUGACCUGACUCAAGAGCCGGCUCUUACUUUCUAUCCCUUUCUCACUCACAAGCAGGCCUUGUAGCAGAAUUGACAGGCUCAAUCUUGCUUUUCCUCCAUCUCACUGAUCACGAUCUAGUUUGAUACAAUUUUGUUGCGGGGCCAUCUACUGCAUUUAUCUGAACGUCGCCUUUGCUGAUUUCCUUCGAAAUGGCAUCCAGUCCUCCCAAGUACGAUAGCAUGAUGCAACCUACACUGCCCCUUUGGUCCAGCUCCAAGACCCAGAAGAAUGAGGUGAUAGUGGAACUAUCGCGUACUCAACCUCCUCCGCUAUUGCCUAUCGACUUGCGAGGCUACGUUUCUCCCGAUAAGUGGGAGACUCGCAUACGUGCUGCCACGCGCGUUGCUUCCCGUUAUUCCAAGCCAAUGCUGGAAAGAACCUGGAUGUUCAUAGUCCUGAUGUUGACGUUCAUUGCCCCGCUUGUGGCUUACUACGACACCCUUCAUUAUCUCAACAAUGGACAAGAUUUCAACGAUGAACAGGAGGAUCGUCAAGAUGAGUUCAUCUGGAAGGCCAGGCUCAUCGCCCUUGGUAUUAUAGUUGGUCUUUGGUUCGUCAUGUUUUUGCCCGUUGUCAUCUGGAAACAUGUGGGACGCGUAAAAGUAAAUAACAUGAUUGAUUCCUGGUCUAAGGAUGAUGUCCGGUCUGCCUCUUCUUAUGCGGCUAUUCCCACCUGGAAAGUCACCAUGCCCGGCAUGUUCAGGGACGUGAUUGUUCUAGCUGUCUCCUACCCUGCGCCACCUAGUAACUUUGACUACGAGGCCUACCUUCCUCCAUACAUCGCGCCUCCCACUGAGGCUGCGCCGUCAUACGAGGUUACCAAACGGUUAUCAGGUCUCCAGGGGGAUGGUAAAUUCGGCGACAUUCCACUCUAUGAAGACGCCAAGGAGAUCGCAGUGUAGAAUAGCAACAACAGAUACUAUAGCUAGCGUCAUAAAACUUAGAAUGCAGGUCAUUCUCGAUGA